CGUGGUCGAAAAAUCUCCAAUAAAAAUGCCGAUCUUUCAUUUGUUGGGGUUUUCUUCAUGUUCAUCAUCCAUCUCUAUUUCUCCCUAAUUUUCUCUCUUAAAUAUCGGAUCUAAUUAAAAUCAGAGUUUCAUUUUUGAUAUAAUAAAUAAUUAUUGCUGUCAUUAUUCAUUUUGAUAAUGCCCGCGACGGAUUUUCAAGGAACUUUGACACCGUUGACGAAUUUAAGCCGUUCGUUACUGGAAUGGAAUCGUUGAACAAUGGAUCGGGUUCGAACGAGGUGGAGCUUGAAUCCUUUCAAAGGCAAAUAGCGGACCGGUUUCAUGAAUUAAGUUCGGUUUCUUCGGAUGAACUGCUUUCACUUCCUUGGCUUUGUAAAUUGCUCGAUGUGUUCCUUUCUUGCGAAGAGGAAUUCAGGGCUAUCCUCGUCAACAACAAAUCUCAGGCGGCGAAACCUCCUAUGGAUCGUUUGAUUUCCGAUUUCUAUGAGCGCAGUGUUAAGGCGCUCGAUGUUUGUAAUGCGAUUCGCGACGGGGUCGACCAGAUCGGGCAAUGGCAGAAGCUUAUAGAAAUCGUGAUUUGCGCUUUGGGUAAUAAGAGAAUCUUAGGAGAAGGCCAAUUUCGUCGGGCGAAAAAGGCUUUGGGAGAGUUAGCGAUUGCGAUGCUUGAAGAUAAAGAUUCCCCUCAAGCAUUGGCUGUCAGGAAUCGAUCCUUUGGAAGAAAUGCCAAGGAUCAAAAUCGUCCUCUGGGUCUUUUAAGUAGAUCAAUAUCUUGGAAUGUUUCGAGGACUUGGUCGGCAGCUAGGCAACUCCAAGCAAUCGGGAGCAACUUGGUAGCACCACGAGCGAACGAAAUCGUUGCCACCAAUGGACUCGCGAUGCUCACUUACACAAUGGGUAGCGUUUUGUUGUUUGCAAUGUGGGCAUUGGUGGCCGCGAUACCGUGCCAGGAACGGGGUUUGCAAGUUCAGUUUUAUCUUCCUAGGCAGUUCUCUUGGGCUGCCACCAUUCUCUCGUUGCACGAUAAGAUCAUGGAGGAGUCGAAGAAAAAAGACAGAAGGAACUCGUGUGGGUUGUUAAUGGAAAUCUAUCAAAUCGAGAAAUGUACUUGGCCGUUGAUCGAGCUGACCGCUACCGAGCAGUUUCCGAUCGGCGAUGACAAGGAAAAAGCGGUGAGGGAAAGAGUGGAGGAAUUGGGGCAAGCUUAUGAUGCAAUGAAGGCUGGUUUAGAACCAUUGGAGAAGAAGGUUAGGGAAGUGUUCCAUAGGAUUAUUUAUAGUCGAACGUAAGGGCUGGACUCUAUAGGAAGGGGACACAAUACUGAGUAAACAAGUUUAUGCUUGGCUUGCGAUUAGACCAGUCUCGGGCUCGAGUAUACGAUCAAAUUUGAAGUUGUCUGAUAUUUAAGAUGAUUUAAACAAAACUAUUAGGUUAAAAAUAGGUUUGAGAGAGAAAAAAACGUUUAAAAACAGAUUGAACUUGGGUUUUAACA